UUUUGCUAGAUCAGUUACACGGUUAAGUUAAAAGUUUAAACUAAAAAAUGAAUCCUCUUGAUGCUUAUGAUUUGAUGUACUGUGGGAAAAUGAUGAUGGCACUAAACGAACAGAGAAAAGUCCAUGGUGACUUUGCAAUUAUGGUUGGCGAUGAGAAAAUACCAGCACACAGGAAUGUUCUGUCAGCCGGAUCAGAUUACUUUCGUGCAAUGUUGACUCAUGAAAAUGUUGAGAGCAGCACUGGCAUUGUGGCAAUGAAACAAGUUCAAUACUUAAGUGUGAAAACUUGCAUCAAUUACAUUUACACUGGUAAUUUUCCCACUCCUGGUCGUGAGGAGCGUGAAGAAUUGAUGUUUACCGCCCAUAUGCUCCAAUUACAAGGUAUGUGUGACAAAAUUGCAAUAUCUCUUAAGGAAGAACUGAGUCCACAAUCGUUUUAUUCAACUAAGAUGAUCGCAAACACUUUCAACUGCACUGGUUUAGUUGAAAGUUGCAACAAAUAUGCUCUAAAGAAUUUUCAAUCAAUUGUUGCUGAAGAUGAUUUUAAACAUUUGGAUAAAGAUUAUGUUUCCUUUAUGGUGGGAUCAAAAGAAGUCAAUGCCUCUGAAGCUGUCAAGUGCAAAGCUUUGAUUAUCUGGACCAACUUUGAAUCAGAGACUCGGGCAUCGACGUUCGGAGAAUUAUUUGUUAAUCUGGAUUUGACAAAAAUAGCGAGAAAAUAUCAAAAGUUUUUGGUGGAGGAAGAGCCAUUGGUAUAUGAUUCUAGUCGUUGCCUCAGAGCACUUCUGGAGAUUUUAACUGGCGGAUCGCAAGUUGUGGCUGAAGAUAUUGACAUCAAAAGUAUUGUGAUUGCUGUUUUUGACAAAAAUUCAAAAUCAAUUCAAGCAUUUAAGCCAAGGAUAAAAACUUGGAAAAGACUGCAGGGCAUCAGUGAUGAAUUUGUUGGCAAAGGCUUCACCGCUGUUGUACUCGGUAACAGCAUAUGUGUUCUUGUGUCUAAUGGAACCAAUUAUCAACUGAAUUAUACUGAUCCCAAUGCUACGUGGGUUAAACUGGCAGAUCGGAGGACAACAAAGAAACGCGUGGCUGCUGUUGCAUUUGAAGGUUGGUAUUUCAUAAGCAAGUUUAAAGGUGAAUCCGGGAGCGUAUUUUAG